AAUGCAGAUUGACUCCACCAAAAAUAGUUGCUAAGCUUGGAUAUUUGUACCGCACCGGUUGCUGACCAAGUUGAGACUUUUGUAAAAAUCUUUCUAGCCGCUCGCUGUAUUAAUCAUCUCGCAGCAAUGUUCGAUCUGGAUGUAAGCGAAGGUACAUGGUAUGAUGAGAAGGCGAAAGUCUGGCAUGGCGCUAAAUUUCAGCACUUUUACGAUCGGAAUGCAUCCGUGGGUCGUAUACUCUUCGAAGAGAUGCGAAAGCGACCAAAAAGCAUCUGUCAAAUCUCCGUUACGGAGCGGACGAGUUUGACCAACGAAGAAGCCUUGUUGCAUGCAAUUCGUCUAGCGGAAUGGUUUCACAGCCAGGGAUUCAAACAAAGCGACAUUAUUGGUGUAGCGGCACGGAAUUCGACCCAUUUAAUGACACUCGUAUUGGCAUGCUUUUUUAAUGGUAUAGCAUUGCAUGCGGUUAAUCCCGUGCGUGAGAAAAAGUUGAUAACGGAUCUCUUCGACAGCACGAAACCAAAAAUGAUUUUUUUCGAUGGACAGGAAUAUGAAAAAAUCAAAGGUGCAACGCUUGCACUGGAAGCGAAAUUAUGUACGUUGAGUAAUCAUUUACCAAAUGUUCUGUCUAUUCUUGAACUCCUGCAACCAACUGGUACCGAAAACAAAUUUGCGCCAGCAACCUUGGAGAAUGGCCCCGAACAAACUUUGAUAAUUUUAUGCACUUCGGGUACAUCGGGUCUUCCGAAAGCUGUAACCAUCUCUAACAAUAAGCGACUUUGCGGUACUUUUCCUUUUCUCACUUCAAAAGAUACACUCUUCGUUCUAAGUACGAUUGACUGGCUUUCCGGCAUCAUCUACUUCAUUGACAGCAUUGUUGCUGGCGCUAAGCGUAUUAUUACCGAUCAGGCAUUCAAUGCUGAAUACUUUUUUAAGGUAGUGUCUGAGUUUAAGGCAACAUUUGCUAUUAUAGCACCACCUCUACUGACGACGCUGCUCAAUAGUCCGGCAAUUGAUGCCGACAAAUUGGACACUCUGCAAUACCUUGUAAUAGGCGGUGGCAAAUGUACUACGCGCACACAGCAACGUAUACAAAAUUAUCUGCGCCACGGCCGCAUGAUCAACGUCUAUGCGUUUAGUGAAUUUGGCCGAGUUGUGGCUAUUAAUUACGAUUUGAGGCAGAAGCCGCAAUCGGUGGGACGCGUGCAACCAGGUCAUAAGGUAAAGAUCUUAAAUGAAAAUGGUGAGCAAGUGGGUUGCGGAGAGAUCGGCGAAAUUUGUUGCAAUCACGGCGAACAGUGGUUGGGAUAUUACCGUAAUAGCGCCGCAAGUGCGGAGAUGUGCGAUGCAGAUGGUUGGUUCCACACUGGUGAUCUGGGUUACUUUGAUGCGGAUGGCUAUUUGAGCAUCGUGGAUCGCAAGAAGGAUAUUUUCAAGUAUAAAGGUAUGCAAUAUAGUCCGCAUGAAAUUUUGGAAGUGAUCGUCAAGAUGCCAGAUGUGGUGGAUGCCUGUGUUUUUGGUUUGUGGAAUGAGGAAGAGGGCGAUGCAGCAGCUGCUGUUGUUGCUGGCGCACAUGGAAGCUCAUUGAGUGCACGCGAUGUUAUCGAUUAUGUGAAAGAGCAUAUCGAAGUCGACUAUAAGCAUCUGCAUGCUGGAGCGGUAGUUGUGAAGGAGUUGCCAAAAUUGCCGAAUGGCAAGCAAAAUGUCGAGGAGAUUAAAAAGUUAUUUAUCUCGGAGCGGAGAGCGCAGUAAAAGUGUUAUUAAGUUUAAGAAAAGUAUGUUCAAUGCAAUGUUGCUAUUUUUCUUUGUUUAUUUAGGCUAAUUAAAAAUAUUGUAAUAAUUCUAGAUAAAGCAAAUCAUUAUGUAAGGAAAUGAUUAAAU